UGUGGUUUUAAGAGGGGUAGAAAGAGUUCAUGUUGGUUCGCUAUUUGGCAAAAUAUUCAAUCUUUUCGCCUUCCUUUAAUAAAAGACAUGUUAACUUCUUUCUGCAUUCUGGUCUAAAAGUCGUGUAUGUAAAAAGUUUGGCAUUCCAAUCUUCAGCAGAAAGGCUUGGUUAUAGUCCGGGCUACAAGAAUCUUCUUCACUUAAGUAAAAUAUCUUAAAACCGACAAAGUUUGUUUCCGUGCUUACUACACGAUCAACAUUCUUGUCUCGAGAGAGAUGGAGAUAUUCAUUCCAUUUCAUUAAAAAGUGUUCAGUUUGCAUUCUGCAUUCUUCCGAGGAGAACAACUAACGAGCUGCACAACAACGCUGAAUUGCAGAUACAUAAAACGGGAUUUCGCAUUUUAGUGGAUUAUGCACCAGCUACAUAGUUCGUUAAUAAACGGAAGAGAAGAAAAUCUAUUCUGAAUUUUCGCAAGAUUAAGAUUACUCGUGCAGUUUGCUGAGAAACUGUGUGACAGUGAUUGUUUUGUUCAUUGUUCUUUAAAUUGUUGUUACGAUUUCCACGUUUAGCAGUUGGUAUAUUACUUUGGAGCGUCUGCCUGCACUGCACGACGACUAAGAAAACGGGAGCAUAUAUUUUGCAAAUACUCGUCAUUAUCAUCAUCAACAUCGUAAAGGAAGUGAAGUUGGUGUGAAAAGCAGUUUACAGAAAGCAGAAUAAUGAAUGAUGCAUCCAUCCAGCAAUAAUAAGCAGAACUUAUAAAUUUUUGGUGGGACCAAGUGAGGAGAUGAUCGUUUAAGAAGUGAAGAAGAAGAUUGAGCAAUUACCACACAAACACGGUCUGAAGGAGGAUACUAAUUAGGAACAAAAUGCGUGGGUCCCAUUACCCACUAAAUAAUCUGCACAGCAAGUUUUACUGAGAUUGUUCAAGUAAAAAAUCUCUCAAAAUAAAUUAUGGGGCUCAAGGAUGCUACUAAUUCUGAAGAGUGUACAAGUUCUAAGGAAUCCAUUACACCAGAGAAAUUGAAGGAUCGGCCACUCUACUUUUGGUUGAAAUCAUUUGCCGGACGCGAAAUUGAGGAUGAUGCCAAUGUCUCGGCGUUUGUGUCCAGCAACGCUCUAAAUUACGCUUUAGAGUACAUUGGGAUAACUCCAGAAAAUGAACAAUCUUCUCUCCACCUUUCCGCAAUCUUUGAUUCUGAAGACUCCCCCAAAACAAAGUACCCAAACCACUACGAGUCCGAAACCAAGAGUCGCAUCCAAUCCUUAAAUCGAGUCUUCCUAGAACUAAAAUCAUUCUUUGAGGAUCGCUACAGCCAACUUGUCGCCAUUCGCCCACCCAACAGUGUCCACAUUACGUCCUCGUGUGGGUCCUGCUCGGUCCAAGAAUUUGAGAAAUUGCUCUUCCUCCUCUUGGGGGCCGCAAUUCAAGGAACACAAAAACAGGACACGAUAAGAACAAUUAAGCGCUUCCCAGCAAAUAUCCAAGAGUCGUUAAUUGAGUGUGUGAAACUGAUCGCAGAUAAUCCAGAGCUUCUAAAUGUCAAGUCAUGGAACGAGUUGCAAACGAUGGGGGCUGUUGAACAGCAAAAGAUUUACGAAAGUCUGCUCGCUCUCGUGAGAAGGUUGAUACUCGAGAGGAAUGAGUUGACUCAGAACCAACUCAUCCUCGACUACUUUGCUGGGUAUACAAAUUGUGACCAGAAGCGAGGUUUCAACGCCUUUUCGGAAUGUUCAGCAGAAGAUACUCGUCUCAGUUCGUCCAUGCGUCACUUGAAAGAACAAUUAACUGAGAAAGCUGAACUUUUACAAGAAUGCCGUGAAGAGCUGGAGAAGGCGAGAAAUCGGAUCCUGGAUCUUGAGAUUGAGGUGAAUGAGAUGAAGGGAAAGCAUCGAGCCAUGAAGAAAGCACGCGACGAACUUGACGCCCUACGAGAAGGACAAGACAAGGCUGUUCGACUCGAAGUUGAGCUUUCCAGGUUGAAGGCCAGGCUGGAAGAAUCAGAGUUGGUUUAUGAACGAGUGGAAAAUUUGGAGAUUGAAAACAGAAAUUGGAAGGUGACGAAUGACAUGCUUCUUGACCAGAUUAGUUUUCUCUCGUUUGAGAAGAGCAGCAGGGACACGAGUUAUGACCAUAUGAAUACCUACACUGGAAUUCUGGACGGUCGACUAACUGAAAACCUUAAAGAAGAAGAUUACAAAGAUGAUGGCACAUUCUUCGACUCGGAUGAUGAGCCAUCCAUUAAAGAGACCAAGAAAAUCCAAACGCUUAAAGAAAGUGAUGUUGAUCCACUAAACGAGGAAGAAGAACAACUGACGAAAGAUGAACCGGAUGCAGAUUUAGUGGUGGAAGAAGCACAAGUAGAAGAACCAGUUUUAGCAAACACGUCAUCUUCGUCCACCAUCCAACCCGAGGGAUCUCCAGAGAGGGAGGAGGAAGAAAUUAUCGAAAGGCCUAACCACCUAGAAAUUUCCCAGACCGAGUCCAUCGCCUCGGGAGACAGUUUGGUCACAUCCACCCCAAAGACGUCCAAUGUCGAAUUCAAGUCACAAGAAGUACAAACACCUACACAAUCUCGCGUCAAGAGGAGACGACGUUCAUCCCUUCUCAAUCUCAAGAGGACACGGAAAGCCAUUAUCAUACCGAUACCACAGGGACAGAAAAUGCCCAAUCCGGAGGAUAUCAACGAACUUGGGGAAGAUUCUCCAGUAAAGAGUAAUAGCACUAGUCACACAAUUCAAUUCUACAAAGUUUACAGCGUCGAUAGAAAGAGGGGAUCGAGUCGACCGAAAAAGUUCAAGUCUCCCACAAAAAAUAGUUCAUCUACGGAGAAACAAGUCGUCCCAAACUUGGACAACGAAGGUAACGAAGCCGACGAAGAGUUAAGCAUCUCUCCCACCGGGAACCCCAACAUGAGUGAUCUCGACUCCAACAACGACCCAGCCAAUGGUACAGACAACGACUCGGAAGUCUAUUUCGUCUGCAGUCCACCAAACUCGACUGGAACCAACACUCCAAAGAAAAUACAGCUCAGAGGAAGUUCACAUUUCGGAACAACGACGGCUUUCCCCGUUUCAAAUAUUGGGGGGAUGAGAAGGACGACCGAAUUUACAUUUGAUCCCCACAACCUUUCCGACAUGCAGUUCAAUAACAACUUGCAAAAUCAGAACCACCAUUCCAAUCAUAUGACGAUUUACAGUAAUCGACUAACAACGAAUCUAACUCCGUCGCCAACGAAUAGUGGUGGUGGGGGAGGAAGUCUGAGAAAUAGAACAACGACCCAUGCUCACCAUGUCCCUUCUUACUCUCAACACGGCGAUAUUCAUCGGAUCGGACCAAACUCAUCCGACGUGGACCAAGAAGACCAUGAGGACGAAGAUGCCUCAAACGCAUUUACAUUUGGAGAUUACAAUAUUCAACUUAAUCUUAGAAACAGUAUUAAGCCUUCCACUGCGCUCAUUAAUAAGAUAUCCACUCUUUCCGCUAAUCUUGAACCAGACCAUAAUCACAAUUUUAAUCAGUAUUCCACCAUUUCAAGGGACCCGUACACUAUUGAGACUUCGUCAGAAGAGGAUGGUUCUAUUUGGUACGAAUAUGGGUGCGUCUAGUAUGUAGUAGAAAAUACGUAGUCCAGAUUCAAUUGGUCAUGAAAUAACACAGCACAAUCACAAACAAACGUUUUUUAGUCUUUUAUGCACCAUGAAUUUUAGAAUGGUACGCACGAUGGCACGAUCAGAAAUUUUAGUCAUUCAC